AUGCUUGUGCCCCCAGAUAACUUCGGUCUUGUGGAGCCGGGAAUAUAUCGAUGUACCAAGAUUGAUGGUGAUAAUUUCCCGUUUCUUGAAACACUCAGCCUCAAGCUGUUAGUGCUAUUGGACGCGGAAAAGCCACCACGUACAGUGAUCAAUUUCUUAGAAUCCAACGAUGUCGAGCUAUUUACCUUGGGGGAAAUGAAGAUUCUGAAUCAUAACCACGCUGGAAAGAGUCCUAACAAGGCUGAUGUUCCACAAAUACAGCUUCCAUCCUCCCAGAAAUCCCGAAAUGACCAGUGGAUGUUACUUGAAAAGAAUUUAAUCGUUAAGGCAUUCGAAAUACUAUUUAAUAAGGAUCGCCACAAUAUGUUGCUUGUGGAUCUGACACUGACAUUAGUGGGGAUUCUCCGCAAGAUUCAGAAAUGGGACUUUAAUCUGGUACUUAACGAGUACCGCAUAUAUCUGGGUGGCAAGUCUCUGUACUACGCAGCGACAUUCUUAGAGCUUGUUCAGGUUGAACUUGUAGCUUAUGAAUCGGAAAAACGAGGCAGCGUUGAUCAAGAUGCUAUGCUGGGAGAAUUGCGAGCGUUAAUUCCUGGAGGAGGACUUGAACUUCACCAUGAAAGUGUUUGGGAAGAAGAAGAGGAAGACUUUCUGCUGCCACUGCUUAGUUAUGAUGAUGACGAUAUUGACGAUGAUAAGUUGUCAGCACUGCCACAAAUUCCAGCAAACCUCUUGAAGAUGGUUGAGCAGAGGAAGCAUGAGAAGAAUAGUGGUAAUGGCGGUGUUCGCACACCGGAAUCUCUGCCAGUCAGUCGUGGGUCUUUCUAUGAGCGGAGGCGCUCGUCAGUCCAACGACUUCGACCUCUGUUUUCAGGACUGGUUCCCCGUCUUGUGCGGGGCUUUUCAUUCAACACCGAUUUCAGUUACUACAAGAAUAAUUGCAGGCUGCAGUAUCAGAAUGUUCAAGUAAUUCGACUCAAACUACCACCGGAGUAUAAGCUUCCGGAAUGGUUUAUUAGAGGUCGAAAUUUCUGGGAACAAAAUGCAUUUGCUACACAAUAG